AUGACUCCACGUGGAGUUGUUCGAAAAGGUAUUUGUUCGAACUAUUUGCAGCAAACACUACCUAAGUUAUCACCGGAUGGAAAACUCAUUCAAUCAACAUUUCCACGAAAACCAAGCCAAGUUCGAUUGUUUAUAUCACCGAAUCCUCAUUUUCGCUUGCCGGGUCAAGAUAGUUUAUCAAUCAAUAUGACAAGAGAAAUGUUAAGUGGUGGUGAUGCAUAUCUUCCACUUAAUAGUUCGCUUUUGAUGUUUGCUGUUGGUUCUGGUAUUGCACCAUUUCGAGCUUUCUGGGAAGAAUUAGAAUUCUUAGAACGAUCACAAGGAAAUGUACAAGUUGAACGUGUCUUAUUUAUGGGUUGUCGUUCAUCAAGUGAUUUUCUUUAUGCUAAAGAACUUCAAUCACUUACAAGUCAACGAGGAAGAGGUAACAAACUUCUCACAGCUGUCAUUCCAGUAUAUUCGAGAGAAAAUGUUGUUGUCAAACGAUAUAUUCAAGAUGUUAUGUUGGAUUAUGAAGAUAUGAUCUAUUCAAUAUUAAAUGAUGAUAAUGCAUUUGUAUAUAUGUGUGGAUCAACUCGUUCAUGCCAAGGAAUCGAAUCAACGCUAGCAUCUAUUUUACAAUCAUGUGGCGAAGAUGAUUUAACAUUCAUUCAAGCAACUAAUCGUAUCAAAGAAUACAAAGAAUUUGGUCGAAUCAAACAAGAUAUGUUCGGCUAG